AAGGCAUGAAUUGUGAUGCUAAUUUCAUAUAGGGCUUUAAGUGAUACUAAAUAUUCUAAUUUUUACUAUUUCGUGUCAGGUAUCGGUGAUCAAUGCUCCAAUCAGGGAGUUUCAAAAUUCACUGAGCUUCUAAGUAACUGGUCUGGUUCUAAGGGAUAUUGCAUAGAGAUCGGAGAUGGAGCAUGGGACUCAUGGGUUGUGCCGCUUCAGAAACAGACUGAAGUUGCUUGUGAUAAGGUGAAGAAAAUAGAGGAACUCAGUGACGGUUACAACAUUGUUGGACUAUCCCAGGGCAACUUAAUUGGUCGAGGGAUUAUUGAGUUUUGUGAAGGAGGGCCUCCUGUUAAGAAUUUUGUCUCACUAGGUGGUCCUCAUGCUGGAACUGCUUCUGUACCACUUUGUGGAUCUGGUUUACUCUGCAUUAUCUUUGACAACUUAAUCAAGUCAGAGGUAUACUCAGACUAUGUCCAGGAUCACGUGGCUCCCAGUAAUUAUCUUAAAAUUCCAACAGAUAUUCCUGACUAUUUAAAAGGAUGUAAGUUUCUUCCUAAGCUCAACAAUGAACUCCCUAAUAAGAGGAAUGCCACUUACAAGGAGCGAUUCAGUAGCUUGCAGAAUUUGGUGCUUAUCAUGUUUGAGCAUGACAUGGUCUUAAUACCUCGUGAAACUUCCUGGUUCGGAUACUAUCCAGAUGGGGCAUUCAGCCCAGUUUUACCUCCACAACAGACAGCCCUCUAUGUUGAAGACUGGAUUGGUCUGAAAACACUGGAUGAUGCUGGAAAGGUUAAAUACUUUAGUGUACCAGGAAAUCACCUUCAAAUCUCCCUAAGUGACAUGAAAACAUAUAUUCUGCCAUAUUUAGAGUUGACAUCAAGAAAAGGGAUGACUGUAGAAUUGUCAUUAUAUCAGUGGUCCUCAAUCUGGAGUUUCAUUAGAGAAAGGGUUGGACAAACUUGGGAUAUGCCAUUGCUUCAGGGUUGAUCCAGAGUACAUUGCAUAUCACCUUUGUUUACCAAUGAAUGGGAAACGAACAUCAAAUUUAUGGGUUUGUCUCCACUGUACAGUUAUUAUGCUGGAUUCUUAGGUUGAAAUCUAUAUUGUUGGAAUUGCAAGAUUAAAUUGGGGAAUAUGAUCACAGAUCAUGGACUGUUAAGGAAAUAUUUGCAUCAUGGAUCAGUCACCGACUCUAUUAGCAUGUUUACAAGAUAUUA